AAGUGUUGAUGCUUUCUGUAGUAAAUCACAACCAACAUCAAAUAAACGUACAUUAAUAUCAAUAAAUUCGUGUGUUAGAAGUAUAAUAUAACAUAAGAUUGACUUGUUAGUUAGUUUCUUCAUGUUUGAAGCUUGGCAAGGUUUUAGAAAGGACUCUACAAAUGGUUGUGUUCCGUGGUCAAGAAAAACUUACAACCUGCAUAAUCAGCUGUCAGUGAGAUACAUCAUCUGUCCUGUAAAUAGAAAAGCUGGAAUAAUCAUAACAAAUUUUUAAUGUGAAUGUAAAUAGUGCAAUGAUGAACUAAUUUAAAAUGUGACCUAGACGUAUUCCUACGGUGGGUCAGAAGUGAAGUAGCUAUGGGAUAAUAACCUAUUGAGGAUCGAGGAUAUCACUAUGACUAAACUCCCUUGACACCACGCGGGGGAAUCAAAUGCAAGAACACAAGAUUAAGUGAAAAUGUCUGGCGACUUUCCUUUUACGACGAAGAUAGUUAGCCCUUUGAAGUGCAAUGAAAAACCAUGGGAUCUUUGGGUGAGCGAGAUAGGGCACUUGUCGCCCCAGAGAGACAACGAUGGCACAUUCACGACCCCUGCGGCAGUGGACAGCAAGAGCUCGUCCUCCCGACGGGUACACGAGGCGCAUCCUUACAAAGUGGCGGACAGAGGUCAAGCACGAUAUCGACGCGCUGGGCUCAACCGACUUAAGUACGAGAGUAUGAGCCUUCACGGACUCUUCCCACAGAUGGACAACUUAAAUGCCGCUGUGUGUCAUAUGUGUGGUGUAAUAGUGAAGUGCAGUGCUGCCUAUAGACAUUUACUUGAAUCCCACAGUGGUUCUGAGCCUCUCCUUCCACCUCCACCUCCAACAGUAAAGCUAAAAUCUGCUCUCAGUAGAAGUAGGCACAAAAAGGAACCUCCACCCACUUUUCCUGUAGAUAUUCAUCCAGUGAAGAUGGAGACAUCCCCAGUGCAUACAGCUGCUGCACCUAAAUCUAGGCUAGUAUUACCACAACCUGAUUUACAGUACCUGGAAGAGGCUAGUACCUCAUCGGCAAUCACUGGUGAAGUUCAAGUCAGUGUUGAAAGUGGAGAGUUACCAGUUGUUAGUAUACAGGAUGAUUUGCCACUUGGAGAAAACCUGACUGAUGAUAUAUUAGCAAUAAUGAAUUCUGAAGGAAUUCAAAGUGCAGAUGAUAUUACCAUUGCAGCUGAUUGGAAGAAUAUAAUUAAAGAUAUACAUGACAUAAACUUUCCUUCUGCUACUGAUACUCUUCAAUCACAAGACUUAUAUGGAGCAAGCUUAGACUCCUCUCUUAGUGGAUAUGCAAUAGCAGAUACAGAUUUAGGAAACAUAACAUUUCAAUCAAACUCAUCGCCAUUAAUAUCAAAUGUUGUAGAAAGUAGUAUACAAAAUGCUCAAGCCUUAAAACCAACGCCGGCAACGUCAAAGACUAAAACACAACCACGUAAAUCAAGUAAGUCAAAAUUAAAACAACGAGAAUAUGAUCCCAAUAAACACUGUGGGGUUUUUUGUGUUGAAACCCUACAGCCCUGCACAAGAUCUUUAACUUGUAAAUCACAUGCACUUUCACUGAGGCGAACUGUGGAAGGUCGGUCAAAAUCAUUUGACACACUUUUAGCAGAACAUCGUGCAUCUAAAGAUGCAGCUGCUGCAGGUGUUGCAUAUACUCCUGCUCCAGUUGUGCAUGCUCCAACUGCGCAACUAUCACCUGCUGCACUACCUAUGAUGGCUACCAUGCAGACCACAGACACUAAUGUCAACCUCCCACCGCUCCUAGUCAAUACUUCACUAGACCUUGGCUUUAACGGCUUAACAGCUGACCAGCAAGUCAAUGACAUUUAUGCCAGUUGGCUUAAUGUUGAUGAUCCCAUUUUACCUGAUACAUCAAGCAUCACAUCUUUACUCAGUCAACCCAUGCAAUCUGAUUCGUUUCUACUGCCAGAUGAUGCAGAAUUACCAUCAGAUGCCUCACUACUUAAUUUAACCUCACCCACCCAAACUACUCCAUCUAUUAGAGAAGAAAAGCCUGAGGGCUUUUCAAACUUAGCACACAAUGAUGUGUGCUGGUACUCAUCAAGCCCACGGCCACUAGCUUUGUGCACUUUUAAUGCAUCACAUGCUGGUAGUGCUGUCACAUUAGGAAAAAAAUUUGCUACUGUGAGAAGUAAUAUAAAAUCAUCACUAACACGCUCGACAAAGUCAUUUGGUGUCACUAAUAAUUUCUUCAAUCACAGUAUGUCACUCUCAAAGACAUUGCAUAUAAAUAGUGCUAAUAAAACUAACAAACCUGAGGUUCGGAAACUCAUAGUGACGUGUAGUGCAAAUAAUGGACCUAAGGAAGUGCAGCAAACCUUAAGUGAUUUGUUUGGAAGUGAUGUAAGACAUACUUUAAAUGGUCAUUUGAGUCAUAUGGAUCGCAAGCCCCGUGCUGGAUCCAUAAAGACCUCUAAGAGGCCCUCGACAGCAGUGUUGGACUUGGGCUUCUCUAUGGACCCAUUACUUGCGGAUGAGAAAUGCUGAACAAUAUGAGCAAUCACUGGUUGUGUAGUCACAUAAUAAUUAUUGUAUAUUUAUUUUUUUGUAAAUCAAAUCGGACUCACAAUUUAAUGUUAAAUUAAUCACGAAUUUUUGUCCCCAAUGGAAUUUAAAAGUAAUGAUAAUAUGAAAUCUCAUUUUUUUUUUGUUGAGAAUGAAAAUAACAUUUGUAUUGUUUUGUAUAUUAUUUAUAAGAUUUUUAAUUGGUAUAUUGACAAUGUUGAAACAUAUACCUAUGAAUGGUUAAGAAAUAGAAACAUUGAAAAAAGUUGUAUUUUUCAAUAUGACAUAACUCAUUGUUGAUACUGGCAAGUGGCCUAGUAAUAAUGUUUAAUGUGAUGCAAAUUUCCAUGUAAAAAUAUAAAUAAUUAUUAAAUUAAGUUUAUCCAUAAUAGUAAAUUGCCUCCUUUCCAAAAUACCUCAGUAA